CCAAAAUGACUAAUUUAAAGCACAAAAUAUUUAUUUGAAAAUAAUUGCGCGGCAGCUGCAAAUGCAAUUGUUCAACUGAUUGGGUUCCCAAUCUUCACUCACAGAGGCAGAAGAAAUUUCCCACUCCGGAGCCCUUUAUUGUUUCUGUGUUGUUAGGGUUUAGAGCGUGGUAAAGGAAUCGGAUGGAUUCAACCAUUGGGAGCCCCUCCACUCCGAAAUGGAAUGUCGAUCGGCCUUUCCUGACUGGCCGGUUUCACCAGUCCUGGAGUGGACAAACCGAUUGGUUGCUACCCUGCGGCAAUUCAGGAGUUGAUUGUUAUUGAUGAUCUCUUGUCCGCCUUGGUUGGGAUUGAAGGAAGGUACAUUUCAAUUCGAAGAGUCCAUGGGAAGGAUGAUAGUGUGACUUUCCAAGUUGACGCAUCAAUGGAUUUGGCACUUCAGGAAUCUGCUAAACGGAUAUUUCCUCUGUGCGAGAGCUAUUUACUAAUUAAUCAGUUUGUUGAGUCAAGGUCUCAGUUCAAGAGUGGUCUUGUUAAUCACGCUUUUGCAGCUGCACUUAGAACACUGCUUCUUGAUUACCAAGCCAUGGUGGCCCAGCUUGAACAUCAAUUUCGUUUGGGAAAACUUUCUGUUCAAGGAUUAUGGUUUUAUUGUCAGCCAAUGAUGGGGUCAAUGCAAGCCUUAUCUAUAGUGAUAAAGAAGGCUUCAGCCAGUAAUUUUAUUGGUUCUGCUGUUCUUAAUCUCUUGCAAAGCCAGGCCAAGGCCAUGGCUGGUGACCAUGUAGUUAGGUCCUUGCUGGAAAAGAUGUCACAAAGUGCAAGCCAAGCAUAUCUUGGCAUAUUAGAGAGGUGGGUCUACGAGGGAGUGAUUGACGACCCUUAUGGUGAAUUCUUUAUUGCUGAAAACAAGUUGCUUCAAAAGGAAAGUCUCACACAAGAUUAUGAUGCAAAGUAUUGGCAACAGCGCUACAGCCUGAAAGAUGACAUCCCUAGUUUCCUUGCAAAUGCUGCUGAUACAAUUUUGACAACAGGAAAAUAUUUAAAUGUUAUGAGAGAAUGUGGACAUAGUAUUCAGGUUCCUGUAGCAGAAAAUGCAAAGCUGACAACGGUUGGGUCUAAUCAUCGUUACCUUGAGUGCAUAAAAGCUGCUUAUGAUUUUGCUAGUGGAGAACUAUUGAAUCUCAUAAGAGAUAAGUAUGACUUAAUGGGAAAACUGAGGUCAAUCAAGCGCUAUCUGCUUCUUGAUCAGGGUGAUUUUUUGGUUCAUUUUAUGGAUAUAGCUCGGGAGGAGCUCAUUAAAAAGCCAGAUGAAAUUUCUGUUGAGAAACUGCAGUCUCUCCUGGACCUUGCAUUGCGAUCCACAGCAGCUGUAGCAGAUCCAUAUCACGAGGACUUAACAUGUUAUGUGGAAAGAACCACUCUGUUGAAAAGGUUGAGUACACUCAAAGAUCUUCAAAUCAGCCAGAUUGUUUCCGACAGGAGUGAUCUAGAAGAACCUGUAACCAUUACAGGCUUGGAAACAUUCUCAUUGAGUUUCAAGGUCCGAUGGCCAUUAUCCCUUGUGAUCUCAAGAAAAGCUUUGACAAAAUAUCAGUUAAUAUUUCGGUUUCUGUUUCACUGCAAGCAUGUGAAUCGACAACUUUGUGCAGCAUGGCAACUACACCAAGGCCUUCGGAGACUUGAUAUGCAAGGGAUAGCAAUUUCUGUCUCAUCUUUGCUGUGCCGAAAUAUGCUUAAAUUUGUCAAUAGCCUUCUACAUUAUUUGACUUUCGAGGUUAUCGAGCCGAAUUGGCAUGUCCUGCAUAAUAGACUUCAGACUGCAAAAAGUAUUGACGAGGUCAUACAAUACCAUGACUUUUUUCUUGAUAAGUGUUUGAGGGAAUGUUUGCUACUCUCACCUGUUCUUCUCAAGAAGCUGGAGAAAAUGAAAUUGAUAUGCCUUCAGUAUGCAGCAGCAGCACAAUGGUUGAUUACUUAUUCAACCGACACUCCCAAGACUGACAUUCCUGAUGUGGAUCAAUACAAACAGCUGAAACUAAGAACCCGGACCCAGACACAGAAAGUAGGAUCUGAAAAUGCAACAGUUAUUGAAUCUAUCCUGAAGUUCGAGAGGGAAUUUGCUGGUCAGCUUCAGAGUCUAGGACCGAUACUAAGCAGCAGUUCCUGUGCAGAGCCAUACUUGACUCAUCUUGCACAGUGGCUUCUUGGCGUGGGAAGGGACUAAGAGUCCAGUUAGCAAGAAUCAAAUGUGUAUAUAGUGAUGUUCGAUGUGUUGCGUGCCUGAUAACAGCCAAAUGACCUGCAAUUUUGUUGUAUUGUUUUCACGUAUAUUGUCAGAUGUUUCCUUUUUCCUUUAGGCCUUGUUUGUAGUCCCUGGAUGCUCAGGGCAUGUUAAGUUGGUUCCUUAUCGAUGUGAACCUAUUUCAGACAUUGCCUCAUCCUGUUUAGCAUAAAAGGAUCUGGCAAAUCUUGAUAUUGUGUUGUAUCAAACAAACUCUAUUGGAAAUAGUAUAACCGCUUGUUUGACUACUCUAGUUA